AUGGCGUCUUUCUACAGACUCAUCUCCCUUGUCAUCCUCUUGACUGGAGCCAUUGCCCUCCCGCUGGACGUUGCUCGCUCCGCUGAGCCUUUUGAGUUGAGCGACGAGGCCAGUUGGAAGGCUGAGAUUCUGGAGACCGGAGCAGAGCCAACUCCCCAGUCAGACCUCAGAUAG